UGCAAAGUCGACAACACAAACUACAGCUACUCUUUUGAAACAUGUCGUGUGUGAACAGUUACUUUAUCUCCUGGAUUUUAGGACUGCUUAUUUUUGAUGUUCAGUUUAAACAUGGUUUGAAUGAAUGUCGGGGAGAUCAAAUCAGCAAUGUCAGUUUACCUACUGAGCUUCAGUCUGAAGUCCUGCUGCCCUGCGUCUUUGAAACAGACUUUUUGGAUUCAAACCAGACAAAUGAAUCUUGUGUGGUGUGGACUCACCUCAAUUCAACAAACGGAGGAAUUGUGGAGAUCAGUCUGGAUGGUGAGGCUAAAUUCUGGAAUAACCGACGUGGACGGAUUAAGGCAUUCCCAAAAUUACAACAUUCUGACCUGCUGGACUUCUCAAUCCAGAUUCGUAAUGUGCAGCAGUCUGAUUUAGGUGUCUACCAGUGCUCUCUGUUCAGAGUGAACUGUUUCCUGGCCUAUAAGAGGAUCAAACUACACAACGAACCAGCUGUUGUUCCAGUGGACUCUCUGACUUGGCUGAUCCCGACUGGAGCAGCAGGAGGAGUAGCACUGCUAGUAGUGCUACUUGUGCUUCUUGUUGUUGCAUGCAAAUUCUUCAGACGUCAAGAAAAUAACAUCAUUGAGCCUGUCUAUGAGAACACCUCGCAAGCAAAGUUCACCAACAGAGAAAAGUUCACUAAUGGAAACGGAAUGAAAAUCAGCAAUCCAAUCUAUAGUUAAAAUUCACAACUACAGUAAUGUGGAACAUCAAUAAAUAUGUGGAAUGCAUUAUACGUUACAUCAAGAGAACUGAAAAUGAUUCUGAUGGAUCAGACUUUUUGUCUGCGUUUUACAUAUCAAAUAUAAAAAUCAAUGCCAAUUCGGAACAUACACAGUUCAGAUGAUUAUUUCUGGAGGAGGGGUUGAUGUAACUGCUCCAGGAGAAAUGAGACAUGUCUCUAUUUGGAAUCACUUUAGUUUCUUCAUCCGUGAUGCCACUAGAGGGCAGUGAGACCUUUUUUGAAAUUCCACCAAUCACAUCCCAAAGACAGACACAAAUACCGUACCUCCAUAGCUCAAGUACUCUUUAAUCAUCUCCAUCAGAACUGUGGUCCUUUACCUUAUAUUUACUUACAUGAUUUAACAUUGUCAUGAAUAACUUGUCAUAUAAAAAAAAUCUAAUCAUUUA